AUGUCUUUACCAACAUCGACAACAUACACAAACACAUUACGUGCUCUACCAAGCCGUAUACAUAUUCUUCACCUGUAUCGAGGGUUUCUACGUGCCGGCUCCACGUUUUCAAACUAUAAUUUCCGUGACUUUGUGAAACGUCGGGCACGGGAUCAGUUUCGCAUGCAUCAAAACGAGACGGACCCACACAAAAUUAUGGGACUUGUUAAAAAAGCCGAAAAAGAAUUAUUGGUUUGGCAGCGGCAAGGGCAUCUGAAUAGCUUGUAUCGUGUUGAUCCGUUGGUGAUUGAGACCGAGGAAAAGGAUAUACGAAAGGAUAAGAACAAAACGUUGUUGCGUGGACCGAAUUGA